AUGAUUAUCAAUGGAAUAUCAAGACAAAAACGUGUGGUAGCAAAGUGGGUGAUGCAGGGUAUACCAAAAUUGUUGAGUAUCCCCGAAGACUACACUGAAAAAAUGUGCAGGAUUAAAAGUGGGAUAGUCAGAGCAGAGUCUUCUCUUUACAACAUACUACAAUCUAACAGCUUGCCAUUAUGGGUACAGUUCCCAGCUGACCGUGUGCUUACAGUUGGUAACAAGAGCAUCAAUACAAACGAUAUUCCUCCCUGGAAAAUCACAAAACGUUUUUACGAAGUCUAUUUACUUGCCAAUACUAUCAUAGACGGUUACCUAUGCACAGAUGUGACACAUGUACCUUUAUACCUAUCCGAGCUAAGUCUAUCGGUUGUAACAGGGCUCAAAGGACAAUCUGUCGAUAGAUGGAAGGUAUUUUUCGACCAAAUGGUUUACAAAUGCUCGGCUUUUGAAUAUGAUGAGCACUUUGGAAAUCCUAAUAUUGCAGAAUAUGACCAGUCGUCUAUACAUUCCCUCACAGAGAUGACAUACUGUGAACCUAAAUUGUAUUCUGAUAUAGUAGGCUUAGUCGAAGGCCCGCCUUUCAAAGUUACACCACAUCCUUAUGUCCCGCUGAGAAGCAAUGGGAAGCCAGAAACAAACACUAAACUUGCCAUUCAAGCAAGGCCUUUACCACCUCUCCCGGAAGAUAUUCCAAAAAACAAACAGCAUAAAUCGAACCAAUCGGAUGCAUUAGAAUUGUCCGCAAAAAUGAGCAAUAUGUACAUCACACCAGAUUAUUCUGAUAAAAAUAAAAGUUUUAACGCAAAGCAUCCGUCUUGCCAGAAAACAGAAACUAACCCACAAUACAACAACGAUAUUCCGAGAGCAUCGAUACAACCAAAAAUCCCAAAUCGUGUACGACAUUCGAAGGAAUCCUCACAAAUAGCGACACCAGAUCGAGCUGUCAGACCUUUCGAGUACAGGCACACUAAGGAUGCAGUUAUGAAUGUUGAAAGUCUUUCUAUGAAUGAAGUGACUGAAUACCUAAAAGUUCUGAACCUCGGUCAAUAUGCUGAGACGUUUAAAAACAAUAUGAUUGAUGGUAUGAUGCUGAUAGGUCUCUCGGAGAAGAUGUUACGAAAAGACUUUGGCAUGAAUAGAGUAGAGGUCUUUAGACUGUUAAAGUUUGCAAAAGAAGGAUAUAUACCCACUUAAGUAAUGUUAAACGAAAACAUUUACAAUCAAAAUAAAAAGUGCCUUUCAGACUCAAAUAGGCAAAUUGUAUCACACCUGAUAAUGCAAAUAAUAUUCGAAAUGCCUAAUUUGGAAAAUCGUGUGAAUGAAAUUGACAAAAUGAGUUUGAAUGCUUAUAAUGUUGAUGUUAGAUUAAACAAUAUUUUAUUACAAUUGAUGCAGCUGCUUCAAGUUCAUUUUUAACAUGUUCGAGUAGCAUCGGCGUACUCAAGGAUAGGGCGGAAAAUAGACAUAUACAUUCUUUCCAAACUAGAACGAUUGAGGAGAAAUUUCAGUGAUUUUAUAAUGCCUACUCUCUGCCAAGUAUUUUGCAGAAUUAUAGAUAUAUGAGUAUCCCAUUAUUAAUUUGAAUUUGGGGAUGGUUUACUUGUUUUAUUUUUCUUGAAAAUAUCAUGGAUUCGGUUUUGGACGGAUAAAAAGUAACCAACCAAACCUUUGACCAUUCAUGAAUUUUUUUAAAGUCGUCAUAUAAACGCUUGGCUGCUCUACAAUGAUAUUAAGGCUCGCAGAGGUCCGAGGAUCG